GAGGCGCAGCGCCCGGGCGUCGUCUGAAGGCUCGUCGCGGAGAGAAAAGGGAGGCAGCGAGCGAAAUUUAGCAAAUGUCCUAAACCCCGACUUCCUCUUUCGGGCGGUAUAAACGGGGAGGGAGCCGGUCAGCAGCCGCCCCAGAAGCAGAGGAGAGGGAGCGGCUGCCUGGUUCUUGCUCCGCAGGGACUCCCCGCGGCUCAGUGAUGGACGACCUCGGCGACUUCUACUCGGAGUACAAUGAUUCCGACCCGGACCCCUCCGACGCGGGCCCCCUGGUGCUGGAGGAGCCCGGCCUGACCCCCCUCCUGUGGGUGGCGCUGACCAUCUACGUGCUGGUCUUCGUGGUGGGCGUGCUGGGCAACGGCGCGGUGGUCUGGGUGGUGGGCUUCCAGAUGCGGCGCACCGUCAACACCACCUGGUUCCUCAAUCUGGCCGUGGCCGACCUGCUCUGCUGCCUGGCGCUGCCCUUCCUGGCCGCGCCGCUCGCCUCCGACCAGCACUGGGCGCUGGGCGACUUCGCCUGCAAGCUCUUCCCGUCGCUCAUCAUCCUCAACCUGUUCGCCAGCGUCAACCUGCUGGUCCUCAUCAGCAUCGACCGCUGCUGCCUGGUGCUGAGGCCCAUCUGGUGCCAGAACCACCGCUCGGUGCGCCUGGCCUGGGGCUCUUGCGCCCUGGCCUGGCUGCUGGCGCUGGCGCUCACGGCGCCCACCUUCUUCUCCCGCAGCAUCUACACGCAUUACAAGAAGAGCCUGUGCAUCACCAACUACGCCGCUUUCCCCGGGGGACCCCGCGUGGCCGAGGUCUCCGUGGCUUUCACGCGCUUCGCGCUGGCCUUCGCGCUCCCGCUGGUGGUCAUCUGCGCCUGCUACGGGCUGCUCCUGCGCCGGGUGCGCAGCUCCCGCUUCGGGCAGCGCUCGCAGAAGACCCUCAAGGUGGUCCUGGUGGUGGUGGUGGGCUUCUUCGUCUGCUGGGCGCCCUACCACGUGGCCGGCCUCAUCCAGGCCUCCCAGCCCAGCGGAACCUGGCUCAGCCGCUCAGUGAGCGAGGCGGACCCCCUGAUCGUGGGCUUGGCUUACGUCAACAGCUGCAUCAACCCGGUCAUCUACGUCCUCGCCGGCCACGACUUCCAGAGCAAGAUGCGCCGCUCCGUCAAGGCGCUCCUGCGCAACGUCUUCAGCGAGGAGUCCGCGCUCGGACACUCCUUGGCCGACGGCCACGCGGGGACGCAAGACACGUGCGCCGCCACCACGGAGGACCGCAGCGACCCCAGCGACCGCAGCGCCAGCACCGUCGUGUGAGGAGGGGCCACCACAAAGGAGACCCUGCUGGGGCGCUCUGUCUGCGCAAGGCCCCUCCUCUUACUUGCUUAGCUCGGAGGGGGCCAGCCCCACCGCCACAGUCUCUGCAAGCUC